AUGUAUGUACGAGGGUCGUUGGUUCACGGAGGGCUCGUCGGUGUCGACGCGCGAGUCGUGCCUCAGGUGCACGUGCGCCCGGGGCGCGCUCUCGUGCCGGCGCCGCGCGUGCGCCGCCCUGCCCGAGCCGCCGCCGCGCCGCUGCCACGUGCUGCACAAGAAGGGCGCUUGCUGUCCAGAACUGCAUUGUCCCGGUGCGUUCAAAGUGAAAUUCCAGAUGGAGUCAAAGUGAUGGAGCACGGUGCUCUAGCUCGCUUCGAAAACGACGACUUCGCCGAUAUCGCCACGCCUGCUUCUAUAACUCAUGGCUGCAUUAAACGAAUGGUUCAUUUGGCCGAUUCGAUGACCGCUAAUGGAAUGUCGAGUGUUUCCAGCGUGCGUGGAAGGUGGCACAGUAUACUCGGCGGGGUCGGCGAUGAGUUCGGUGGUGGCGUGCGAGCAGUGCUUCUGCCUGGGGGGGGCGCGCCGCUGCGUGAGGCCCCGCUGCCUGCCGCCGCCGCCCGGCUGCCGCGCCAGACCCUCGCCCGGCGCCUGCUGCCCGCAGCGGUACUACUGCGACCAUAUUGCCAAGUGAACGGUGAUAGAAUAAUAGAAGGGGAACGAGUAGUCGUUGCAGAAUCAGAGUCCAACUGCACUCAGUGUUUCUGUUUGCGUGGUCAAAUUCGAUGUCAGCCCCUAGCUUGCGCUCCACCGCUGCUGGGCUGCAAGCCCCUGCUACGACCAGGACACUGCUGUCCGCAUCAGUAUCACUGCGAGCAUGCCUUUCACAACACUCACUAUCCAUUGGUCACACCUCAUAUUGUGCCGAUAUCCGACAAUACUUUAAUGUCUACAAGAUACGACGAUCGGUCUUUCCACACUGACGAAUUAAUCGAGCGAGAAACGACUACUAAAUUAAUAGCAACUGCAUUCAGCAGCACCGAAAGCAUAGCGACGGUUGCAGCCUCUAAUAAAGAACCCAUCACCACUACUAAAGUGAAAAGAAAAACAAAUGAUUCACCUCCAUUUAGUACAUCUAAACAGCCUAAUCUAAAUGCCACUACGAUGACUAUUUCGACAACGAAAAAAGAGCACAGCACCACGACAUCGACAAAGAAGGAAACCACGACUGCAGUGAUCACUUCGACCACUGAAGCAUUAGACAAGAUCUUUACAACGGAACAACCAGAAAAUACUGUUAAAAUUAUUAUCAAUGGUACGAUCAAUUGCACGGCGGAACUGUCUUCCACAUCUAUUCCACUCAAUAUAACCUUAAAUGAUACCGAAAGAACUAAAACAGAAUCCCAUCAGAGAACACCCAUCAACCGAGUUGACAUAGAAGCGUAUACGGAAUAUCCCAACGACAUAAUAACAGACAGAGGUUCGAAUGCAGAUUUUGAUGAAAAUGAAAUGUUCACUAUUAACGUAACUAGUUCAUUGAGAACUAACAAUAGUCACUCGAGUGCCGGUUCAACUUUAUCAACGACGCCGAAAGUGACAACGCCGGUUGAUCUCGUGGGUGUUGUGAAUACUUCCAAGAAGAGUAAAGGUGACUACGAUUAUGACUACACUGAACCGACUUUACCACCGUCAUUGCCAAACUUGAAGAUAAUACCAUUUGUAGCGGCCGAUGCCGUUGUAGAUGAUGACGUUUCGGCGAAGGAUGAAACUUUAACUUAUCCGAUUUUAGAAAUGGAAGACAAAUUUCCUGUCUAUUACCCUUCUGCAGGCACAAAGGAAAUACCAUAUGCUAACAGGAGAAAAGACGUAUAUCCUCCGACUCAAUAUCCUGUUUUCGUAUCAGAAAAGUCUGAAAUAUCUAAGUACCCAUCGCUCACACAAAAGGUCGACUUGCCUGAUGUAACCUAUCCUAGUGCACCUAAUGAUCUAGCUAUGCCUCAGUAUGAUUACACAUCGUCCACUGCAACAGGGAACAGUAUUCCAGAUGUUAAUAAAGCUAUUACGAAAUCGCCUAUGACCAGUCCCACGUUCUCUGUAGAAACACCUUCUGUAAAUCUUUUCUCGCCGCCUGUAGAAACAGAAGGAGGAUUCAUACCAAAAGGGCCAGGAAUAAUAGAAGAAUACUACGCCGUCUACCCUAGCACACCACCUGGACCUCCCGUGCCUCAUCUCACCACUUCUAUGCAACUGGACAUAGCUAAAGGAGAAUGUGUCUCUGGGGAUGGCCGUCACGUAUUGGAGGGUGAUUCCAUAUCGUUGGCAUGUUCGGUAUGCACGUGCGCGUGGGGUGAGCUGCACUGCUCGCCGCGUCCGUGCCAUGUACCGCUCGGCUGCGUGAGGCGCCCCGCCACCACCAGCUCCGUGGAUUUGUGCUGUGGUGAACUGGUUUGUGACAAAGGUAACAAAACUACACAGAAACCUAAUCUUCUGAUAAAUAUAAUGACAAACGAGACCAAAUCGCUGAGUGCAAAUACAACGUCCACAACAGAGAAGAAGACACAGUUACAAGCGAACGUCACUAUGGAAAGUGCAGUGUUAUCUAAUAAAACGGAGAAGCUUGCCAUCGAAACUGAUAGUUGGAAUUCUUCUACAACAAAGAUAGAUGUGACUACGCAAGCCUCAAAGCCGGUUUCGACGGAUAUAAUAUCGACGACACCAUUUACGACAACCACCUCGACUAUAGACUAUCCCGAAGCCGAAGAAGAGUCCGAAGAGGAUGAAGAUGAAGGAUUUUCAUUUGGGAGUGUACUUAAGUUAUUAUUGAGCGAUAACUACGAAUCGAGCACCGCUCCAUCUCUAAAAAAUAAAGCGAGCACAUUAACUUCUAAAGCACCGACAACCAUUAAAACGUCUACAACGACCGAGUUACCACCUCCCGAGCUUCCCCUCGUUCCCUUCAUUCCGAUGCCCCACCAAUACAUACCACCGAAGAAAUCCUACACACAGAAUACUGUCAACAGAAUAGAUCAUUUGGUUUUAGGGGAAGCGACAGCGAUCAAGAAAACUACUCCACGACCUGUUGCCUCUCCUUUUAGACCAAUAGUGUCUUACAAGCCUGUUAUAAAAUAUACGACUCCACUAAAACCAUAUACAAGUACCAGGGUGACAGAGACUACGAGGAGAGAGGAAGCGACUAGCCGUCGACCAGUGACGCCUGAAGUUAAGCCAAUGACCAGCGCGCUGCCACUGCCGGGUAUACUGAAGCUGGCCGGGUGCAAUAUUUACGGCCGCAUGUACCGAGUAGGCAGAAUCAUAACAGAACUGUCCACUCCAUGCCAGGAGUGCUGGUGUACUGAGCUCGGAGUGCAGUGCAACUCGCUUAAAUGCUGAAAGAACGCUGCGCUGCUUAGGCUAGCUACUUUCAUGCCAUCAAUGUUAGCUUCAGCUAUACAUAUAUUAUAUUAUUCGAAUAAAAGAGUUAUUGGAAACUAGCGCGAAAACAUUUUGGUUUUAGGAAGAGGACAGUACCAGAAGAAUAAUAUGCAUUUAUUGUACAAAAGUGUGAACGUGUGCGAGACUGAUGAAUGAGAAAAUAUAUAUUAGUAAGAUAAUGUAACAAUAGUAGACCGCGAUCUCAUACACAAAUAGAAUACCACAACUAAACAGAUUUAUAUCUAUGGUUUUAAACUUAUUAUUUACUAAAGUCAAAAAGUUUUACAUAUAGAUAACGAGUUUAACGAUUGGUUAAAAUCUAAUAUCUGUAUUAUGGAAUAAAGUCACUUUGUUGAAAUCUUUUUAUAAUUACCUACGAGUAUUUGCCUCAACAAAAUAGUAUAGAAGAUAGAUUAAUUCGUAUUUUAAAUUAAGUUAAUUUAGAAAUAACACUCUCAACCCAUGAUAUUGUGUAAGAAAUAAAUUAUUUUUACUACAUUUUCUGUUUUCUUUUUUGGACUACAUAUUUAUGUUUACAACAUUGUGUCUACAUAUUUAUAUGCAUUUAGAAGUAUACAAUAUAAUGGCCU